AUGGAGGAGAUGUCGGAUGUUGAGAUGAUAAUACUGUAUGCCGGAAACAGGUCUCUAGGGCACUUUAGGGUAGAUUCAUACCUGGCUGCUCUGCUGAACUAUGGAUUUAUGAUCAUGUUUGGCAUUGUUCGACCGAGCCAGCUCCUCACAUUCAUCGAUAUCGUUGGCUUCGUAGUUGAGAUGAUAUACGUAGGCAUUUUCAUUCGUUAUGCCAACAACAAUGGAAAGAAGAAGAUAGUGUAUUGCAUCUAUGCUGGAGUCACCUGUUUCGCUACGUAUUCUUUGGUUGUGAUGUUUGUUGCACACCAUCACAAUACUAGGAAAAUUGCCUUUGGAGUCAUCUCUGUUGUGGUCAACAUCCUGAUGUAUGGCUUUCCGUUGGCAGUCACGAUACGUGUAAUGAAAACGGAGAGCGUUAACACUUCGUCAGUCUGGGUCGCAGUGGCCACCUUCCUCAAUUGCUGUGUGUGGGUGGUUUAUUCGGUCAUCUUGCACAACUCCUAUCAGACGUUGCUGAUAUAUUGCUAUUACACGCCCACUUUAAACCCUGUUACCCCUGCCAUGCCUGGAGCAGAUGCCAUCGCCGAAGUAGCUCCGGCCGUGGCUAUGCACUCUUUGAUCCACAGUACUUCUGUUGAUACUGGUUCUGUUAGAUAUAUGCCCUAA